AUGUCCAAGAUCCUCGCAGUCUUCGGCGCCACGGGCAACCAGGGCGGCUCGGUCGUGACUCACGUACUCUCUGAUCCUCAGCUGUCGAAGGAAUAUUCGAUUCGUGCCAUUACUCGCGACGCAUCCUCCGCCAAGGCACAAGCCCUCAAGGCUUGCGGCGUAGCUGAGGUCGUCGCUGCCGACCUGACGGACGCAUCCACUCUCCCGGCCGCCCUCGCGGGCGCACACACAGUCUUCCUCCUUGCGGCCACACCGGGCUUCGGUGGCGAUAUACGUAGUGUUCAGCGCGACUCGGUGAUUACGGGGGCCGACGCCUGCGUCGCUGCCGGGGUCCAGCGCAUCGUGUACAGCACGCUCCCUUUUGCCAGCAAGAUCUCAGGCGGCAAGUACACUGGAGUGGCGCCGUUCGACGGGCAGGCCGAGGGCGAGGAGUACAUCCGCGGGCUCAGCGACAAGGGCGUGGUGCGAAGCAGCUUUGUGUCUGCGAGCGCUUUUAUGCAGAACUACCGCGGCCCGCUGAAGCCGCGCCCUUCGCCGGCGGGAGACGGCACGUAUGUCUUUACCACGCAUGUUGGGGCGGAGUCGAAGUUGCCCUUGAUCGAUAUUACGGAGCUGGGCAAGUGGGUCGCAGCAAUACUGGCGGACUUUGACAAGCUUGAAGGCAAGACUUUGUGUGCGGGCAGCAGGCAGUACACGAUGCUCGAGAUCGUCGAGCAUCUGAGUGCAAGCACGGGCAAGAAGGUUGUGUACAAGCAGGUCUCAAGUGAGGAUGCUCUCCAGUUGUUUGGCGGGGACCGGAACCCUGCGGCUGGCGUGCUGGUGGAGAUGCAGCUGUAUGAGGAGGAGUUUGGCUACUUUGGACCAGAUACGGACAAACUGGUCAGAUGGAGCGUCGAGAACGCCAAAGGGCACAUUUCGACGUUUGAGGAGUACCUGCAAAGAGAGCCGAUCCAGUUGGACUAG